CACAUACCGAGACGGCAGAAAGUCCGCUGGCGGAGAAACAGUCCAGGUUUGAACUGUUUAUGCGGACGCCAGUCUUAACGCGCUCACUUGGUGCGACUCUGCGCUCAGCUUUGCUCUGAAACUCGUGGAUCGAUGGCCGGGAGUCUGCAGCCGACACAUCUGCUCUACCGGACCUUCUCGCAUGAUCUGCGCCUGUUUCCCGAACUGGACUAAAAAUAAAGAAGCGGAAAAUGAAGGCGUGUGCGAUUAUCCUGAUUCUGGUCGUGCACAUUCACGCCGACAGCGUAGAGGGACCUACAGCAGCAGGCUGUACGUUUGAUGAGGACUCUGACCCCAGCCUGUGUGAGUUCAGCCAGGGAGAGGAGGAUGAUUUUGAUUGGCAGCUGUUCCGCACCCACACCUUACUUCACAGCACCCCUGAUCUCCUGCAUGGCUCCUACAUGAUAGUAAACUCAUCCCAGCAUGCUGCUGGCCAGAGAGCUCAGCUGUUGCUGCAGACGCUCAGCGAGAAUGACACACACUGCGUCCAGUUCAGCUAUUUCCUGUAUAGCCGGGACGGACACAGCCCCGGGGCACUGCGAGCAUACGUGCGGGUGAACGGCGGGCCACUGGGCAUGGCUGUGUGGAACAUCUCGGGCUCGCAGGGGCAUCAGUGGUAUCAGGUUGAGCUGGCAGUCAGCACCUUUUGGCCCAAUGAAUAUCAGGUAUUGCUGGAGGCGACUGUAGACCGUUGGGGCUAUAUUGCCGUGGACAACAUCUUGCUGCUGAACUAUCCUUGCUAUAAAGCCCCUCAUUUCUCUCGCCUGGGGGAUGUGGAGGUCAACGCUGGACAGAACGCCACCUUCCAGUGUGUGGCAGCAGGAAGAGCAUCAGAGGCAGAGAAGUUUUUACUGGAGCAGCACAAUGGUAAGGUGUCCUCAGGUGGUUCAGUCAAGCACCUGGGCCGCAAUCGUUUUUCAGUGUCCUUCCAGCUGGAGGACGUCCAGAGGCCUGAGCAGGACCUCUACCGCUGUGUUACCCAGUCGUCCAGAGGCUCUGGUGUUUCUAACUUUGCUGAACUCAUUGUAAAAGUUCCCCCCUCUCCCAUUGCUCCACCCCAGCUGCUGAGAGCGGGUUCCACAUACUUGAUCAUCCAGCUCAACACCAACUCCAUCUUGGGUGAUGGGCCUAUCAUUCGCAGAGAGAUCGAGUACCGAGCAAGCCAUGCACCUUGGUCUGAGAUCAAUGGCGUGAACAUGCUCACCUACAAGCUCUGGCACCUGGAUCCAGACACCGAGUACCACAUUAGUGUACUGCUUACCAGGCCUGGAGAAGGUGGCACUGGACCCCCCGGACCCCCUCUUAUCAGCAGAACUAAAUGUGCUGAACCCAUGCGAGCACUGCGUGACCUGAGGGCUUCAGAGAUUCAAGCUCGGCAGCUCAUCCUGCAGUGGGAACCUCUGGCCUUUAACCUCACACGCUGCCACACCUAUUCUGUCUCGCUGUGCUACCGCUACGCCAUAGCAGGGGGCACCAGCGGUGCUGGGCACAACACCACCAUCAGAGAGUGCCUAGCAGUGGAGCGCAACACCUCACGCUUCACCCUUCGAGACCUGCCACCCUACCACAGCAUCCAUGUGCGCCUUGCCCUUGCCAACACUGAAGGCAAGAAGGAGGGGAAAGAGGUCAUGUUCCAGACAGAGGAGGACAUUCCUGGAGGAAUCGCCCCAGAGUCUCUAACCUUCACCCCGUUGGAUGACAUGGUCUUUCUAAAGUGGGAGGAGCCAGUGGAGCCUAAUGGUAUCAUUACUCAGUAUGAGAUUAGCUACCAAAGCAUUGAGUCAUCUGACCCUGGAAUCAAUGUGCCAGGUCCACGGCGCACUGUAUCCAAGCUGAGGAAUGAAACAUACCACAUGUUCUCCAACUUACAUCCAGGCACCACUUACCUCAUCUCAGUACGGGCACGAACUGCCAAAGGUUUUGGCCAGACAGCCCUCACCGAGAUCACCACCAACAUCUCAGCACCCACCUUUGACUAUGGAGACAUGCCAUCUCCACUGAGUGAGACAGAGAGCACUAUAACUGUGCUGCUGCGUCCCGCCCAAGGCCGUGGUGCCCCAGUCAGUAUGUAUCAGGUAGUUGUAGAGGAGGAGAGUGGGAGGAAGUUGAAGAGAGAGCUGGGGAUGCAGGAAUGUUUUCCCGUUCCCACCUCUCAUGGUGAGGCACAGGCACGUGGCGCUCCACACUACUACACAGCUGAAUUGCCCCCCAGCAGCCUGGCUGAGGGCACACCCUUUACUGUGGGGGACAACCAUACCUACAAUGGCUACUGGAACAGCCCACUAGACCCCAGGAAAAACUACCUCAUCUACUUCCAGGCCAUGAGCAACUUCCGAGGGGAAACAAGAAUAAACUGCAUCCGAAUUGCCCGUAAAGCGGCCUGUAAGGACCUCCGGCGGGCUAUGGAGGUGACACAGCACUCGGAGGAGAUGGGGCUGAUUCUGGGAAUCUGUGCAGGGGGGCUGGUGGUCCUUAUUCUGUUACUAGGAGCCAUAAUCAUUAUCAUUAAGAAAGGAAGGGACUACUACUCUUACUCUUACUAUCCUAGGAAGCCUGUGAACAUGAAUAAGACUCCCAUUACGUACAGGCAGGAGAAGAGUCAUAUGAUGGGCUCAAUGGAGCGCAGCUUUGCAGACCAGAGCACCCUGCAGGAGGAUGAGAGGAUGGCUCUGUCCUUUAUGGAUGCCCACACCUGCAGUACCCGGAGUGAUCCACGCAGCUCCAUGAAUGAGUCAAGCAGCCUGCUUGGUGGAUCACCUCGGAGGCAUUGUGGCAGUAAAGGUUCUCCGUACCACACUGGCCAGCUUCACCCUGCUGUACGUGUAGCUGACCUGCUGCAACACAUCAACCAGAUGAAGACAGCAGAGGGCUACGGAUUCAAACAGGAGUAUGAAAGCUUCUUUGAAGGCUGGGACGUCACAAAGAAGAAGGAUAAAACGAAGGGAAGACACGAUACUCUAAUGGACUAUGAUCGUCAUCGUGUGAAGCUGCACCCACUCCUUGGGGAUCCGAACUCCGACUACAUCAAUGCCAAUUACAUUGAUAUUCGGAUAAACAGGGAAGGCUACCAUCGAUCCAACCACUUCAUUGCCACACAGGGGCCCAAGCAGGAGACAGUGUACGAUUUCUGGAGGAUGGUGUGGCAGGAGAACUGCUUCAGCAUUGUUAUGAUUACCAAGCUUGUGGAGGUGGGCAGGGUUAAGUGCUAUAAGUACUGGCCUGAUGACACAGAGAUGUAUGGAGACAUUAAGAUCAGCCUGCUGAAGACAGAAACUCUGGCUGAAUAUGCAGUACGCACCUUCUCCUUAGAGAGGAGGGGUUACUCAGCUAAGCAUGAGGUGCAGCAGUUCCACUUUAUGUCAUGGCCAGAGCAUGGAGUUCCAUACCAUGCCACAGGCCUGCUGGCCUUCAUCCGCCGUGUCAAAGCCUCUACACCAGCUGAUGCCGGCCCUGUGGUGGUCCACUGCAGUAUGGGAGCUGGCAGGACAGGCUGCUACAUUGUGCUGGAUGUCAUGUUGGACAUGGCGGAGUGUGAGGGAGUGGUGGACAUCUACAACUGUGUGAAAACUCUCUGUUCCCGCCGCAUCAACAUGAUCCAGACAGAGGAGCAGUACAUAUUCAUUCAUGAUGCCAUCCUGGAAGCAUGCCUAUGUGGAGAGACAGCUAUACCAGUAAACGAGUUUGCGCUCACAUAUAAGGAGUUGCUAAGGGUUGACUCCCAGAGCAACUCCUCACAGCUACGAGAAGAGUUCCAGACAUUGAACUCUGUAACACCUCACCUGGAUGUGGAGGAGUGCAGCAUCGCACUAUUACCACGGAACCGUGAGAGGAAUCGCAGCAUGGAUGUUUUGCCGCCAGACCGUGCUCUUGCUUUCCUGGUUACCACAGAGGGUGAUAGUAACAACUACAUCAAUGCUGCUCUCACUGACAGCUUCCAUCGACCAGCAGCCUUCAUAGUGACGCCCCAUCCUCUGCCUGGCACAACCACCGACUUCUGGAGGCUGGUGUUUGACUAUGGAUGCACCUCCAUUGUCAUGCUCAACCAGCUGAACCAGUCAAACUCUGCCUGGCCUUGUGUGCAAUAUUGGCCCGAGCCUGGUCUCCAGCAAUAUGGCCCCAUGCAGGUAGAGUUUCUCUCCAUGUCUGCUGAUGAAGAUAUCAUCACGCGUCUGUUCCGGGUUACAAAUGUGUCACGGUUACAGGAGGGUCAUCUGGUGGUGUGCCAAUUCCAGUUCCUGCGCUGGUCAGCGUAUCGUGAUGUUCCUGACUCCAAGAAGGCCUUCCUUAACCUGCUUGCCCAUGUGCAGAAGUGGCAAAGAGAAUGCGGCGAUGGUCGCACUGUGGUCCACUGCCUUAAUGGAGGUGGGCGUAGUGGCACAUUUUGUGCAUGUACUAUUCUGAUGGAGAUGAUCCAGUACCAGAGCAUGGUGGAUGUGUUCUAUGCCGCUAAAACACUGCGAAACGCCAAACCCAACAUGGUGGAGUCAUUGGAGCAGUACCGCUUCUGUUAUGACCUGGUGAUGGAAUAUUUGGAGUGCAUGGACCUCAGAUAGCAACAUAUCUCAACUGUCCUCUAAGUACAGAGGAGGACUGCUGGCAGAUUCACUUUCUUUAUUCUCUCUAUCUCUGAGCUCUCUUUCCAUCUCUCUCCCUUUCUCUUUUGUCAGCUCGCUCACAUCAAAAUUCUUUCCUAGGAGGGGAAGAACAGAAAAUAAACAUGUGAGCAGAACCUUUCGCCUUUUUCGCCCCGGAAUGUCUAGAUGUGGUGGACCAUCCAUCUCCUAGUUGUUUGUGGUUUAGUGUUUUGUCAGCAUCUUUUCCCCUCCUGUUGUCCCCUGAGCUGUGAGCAAUCCACUCAAAAUAACUCAAAGCCAACCCAGAUACCCAGAGUGCAAGUGUGUUUUGACUUCACUUCCUGAGAGUAUGACCAGUGUUCUGUUCCAUACUGUGCUGGGAAUGCUCAAAGACAGGAAGUGUCCCUAGUUGGCUGGACUGAGGAAAAGAAAGGUGUGUUGCUUGGAUGUGUUCUCCAUAUGUGCAGUACAGUAUACUAGAGUGAGACAUCUGAGCCAUGGCAUGUAAGAUAAAGAAGGGGCAAACACACACACACACACACACACACACACACACACACACACACACACACACACACACACACACACACACACACACACACACACACGCAAAUACGAAAACUCUCUCUCCGUUACCUGAACAUUGAAUCUGCAGCCAACUCUUCAUUACUUCAGUUAACAGUGCAUCACUAUGGCUGCUUCUUCACUAAAGAGCCUUGGACAUCCAUUUUGUAAUAAGGUGUCUUUACUGCAUUAUACAAUCCUAGUAUUGUACCUGGUUGGACCAUCUAUAAUUGGACCAAUAAGAAUGCAUUAUAUUGAUCUAUGAGUACAAAAAGACAGAGUCUGUUAUUUCCUGCAAUACAAAAUUCAAUGUCACUGACUAUAAAGAGAGCAGUCAUAAAUUUGAUGGCUUUAAUAUCAUGCAUUUGCUCAAUUUUUCUUUUGCUUUUCUCACUUGUACAUAGAAUUAACGUCUGCAGAUGUUCUGUUUGACGUCUAAGGCGCUAAUCUAUUUUAUGUAUGCAGAGAGAAUGCAUUAAUAGUCAGUAUCAUCAGACAAAAUUUACAGGUUGACUCUGACAUUUGCCCUCAAAUAGCUGAACAAGAGAAGCGAUACUGGAGAUUUACAGUUGCAUUAAGAGGCUGCAACAAGGGCAAACCUAAACUGGAAAGACAGGGGUAGAUUGAUACAUGGGAAGUCAACAAGUGUUGACUUCUAACCAUUUAUCUUCACUCUGACUUGUAUUUGUCAAUUGGUUACUGUUUAGCAGUGUUGUGGACCUUUGGCUAAAUAUGGCUGUCUAGGUGUUCAACUGAUGCAGCAUCUUGGACUUAAGAUAUGUUAAAAUAUCCCUUUAAUUUGCAGUUUCAGCUGGUGACCCUGCUGACCCACUUCACCAUCCAUCCAUCCAUACAUAUAUACAUACAUACUGUACAGUCUGAAUACAAAUAUUGAUUUCUAAUAAUUAUUUCCAAUGGUUAUUUCCAGUUUCAAACAGUCAAUAAAAUUAAUGUAUAUUAUUCUUCAAUUUAUCAUUUACUGCUUAUAUGGUAAUGAGAGGAGCCUGUCUUAUUUGCCACGCAAAUUUAAUCAUUAGCCAAUCAUUGUGCACAAGCAUUGCUUGAGUAUUAUAGUCUAGAAAUAGUACCCCCUUAUUAAAGCGAUAUUAAAUAUCAAUGAGACUCAUGCUGGGUCAGUGUAUUUUAGGAAGGUCAGUUUAAAAAAAAGUCACAAAUCCUUGUUGAAAAAUCUAUUUUAAUCUGAUAAGUUACCAGCUGCCAGAUGUAGGCCAAGCUCAUGAAACUGAUAGGCCACCUUUGCCAGCUGAAAUGUUAUUUCAGAUUCUUUAUUUGCUUCAUUAAUUUAGUCGAUAAGUAAAUGUUUGAGAUUUUCUAAUUGCCUUACUGUUGAGUUAUUUCCCUAAUAUUCCAAUGUAGUAUUAGUAGGGGUGACUCAGAAACUCAGUUUCCUUCUUAACAUCAUUUUCCAGCUGGAAAAGAUGGUGUACCAGUUUGACCAGCUCGAUUCUGUGUUUUGGCAACCAGUAGCUGGUUAGAUCAAGCUGGAUUUUUCAGCAGGAAUGUGGGAGAAUAAAACUCUAAAAUCAUACAGCCAGACAUCUAUAUCUACAUGAAUUGUACUGCUUUUUAAUGCCAUGGAAUAUCAGAAAGCUGUACUUUGAUAGUUGUUCGUGCAAAAUCAGGUAAUGUGGGAAAAUGGAAUAGGGAAAGUAAUAUUUGCAAUGUAACUGCUUUCCCACAGCAUUAUUAAAGCGCACAAUUUGUUGCACAACUCUGAUUGUGUUGAGCCACAGCUGAAGCCAAAUCCAUCUGAACUAGAAUAGAUUGUCCACUUGUGGUAACUAUAUGAAAUCUAGUACUGUGCUUUAGUACUAUAGUCCUUCAUAUAUGUACAGGCUACAUACAGAUGAAAAUGAAAAUAUUGUUAGUAAUCCCACAGCAUGUUAUAAUGUCAGUUUGACUUGGUUUGUAAAUCAUUUCUGAAAACAUUUGAGAUGUCGUUUUAAAAUUAUUUUGGCAUUAAUAAGAGCAUAGGGUAAUCUAGACACUGCAGAUUCCAUUCAAAUCAAUAGGAUGAUUAACAAGAACACUUUCAAUUGCUCUAUUCUGCAUUAACCAUCAAUAUCAGAUUCAAGCCCCAUUUAACAAGUGGUAGGUUUGGACACAUCGGUCUCAUUAUCCUAAAAAAGUGGUAAGGAGAGUAGUAAAUGUUGAAUUAGUUUAAUGGACAAUAGAUAAAUGAUGAAAGAUACUAGAAUCAAUAAAAUAGUAAAAGUCAGAAGUUGAAAAUAUAGGGGGUAGUAAAUGAUAAAUGAACAAGUAAUAUCAGUUUUAUUUUUCAUUUAUUUUAUUGACUGACUGUUUAUAAUCAGAAUUUUUUGUUCACUAUAAUUAAUUCUAAUAUACAUUUAUAUAGCCUAAUACAAUAUACAUACUGUAUAAUGAUCGAUUUAAUUCACACACAUUUCCAUAACAUACAACCCAAUCUCAUCUGAAAAUCACAUACCUCUCAAAUAAUUCUCUAACUGCAGAGCUGCUAAACAUGUCAUAUUGGAGAUUCAUCAGGUUAAUUGUCAUAAAAAACACACACAAGAUUUUAGUGCAGCUGCUUUGCCAUUUUUAUAGCUGUGCAUAUGUCAUCCCAGAUGUUGAGCUUCUGAGUGACGGUCUCUCUAGCCAAUGGCAUCCAGCACAGUCCAAAAUUCCAAGCCAACAAGCUGGUUUAGAGAGUCAAGGGAAUCCACUGAAUGGUCUGACAGAUGGAACAGUUUAUAAUAGGAAAGAGUUAUUGAGGGCUGAUCCAGAGAAUUUCAAUAAACUGUAUAUUCUUUUACUACCCUGAACUUUGUGAGAAAGUGCCUGGACCCUCAUACUGGAAAAGAACAUUAUGUGUACAUAUGGAUGUAUAUUUGUUAAUGUGAAUAGUAUGUGAAUAAACCAAUACAUGCUUGGCCACAUUUAAAAGUAAAUACUAAAAAAAGUUGAAUGUAUUGUACUGUACAGUAUAUUACCUUUUGAUUCAUUAAUGUGCCACCAAAUUAUAUGGUGCAUAUAUCGCCUGCUGUGGAGCUCAAACAAGAGCCACCUAAAGCCCCUCCAUGAAACCCACCUGUAGUCAUCCCAGACAACAUAACACUGAAUUCUUUCAUUCUGUCUCUCAUGCAGUAUUUUAGACAUAUUUUCCAUUUCAUUUGUUCUUUUGUACAGCAUGUUGUUCAAUACUCCAGUGUGCUUAUUCAGACAGCGUGGAAAAACAGUGGACUUUUGCCAUCUAGUCUGAUAUGGAAACAGCCUUUGGGCAGUUUUUUUUCCAUGUUGUUAUAAUUCUUUUUCUUCUUUUUGUAAGUGUUUGUGUAUGGUGCUGAAAGGACUGAAAAGAAUAUUGUGUUUUUGACCAUGUAUUAGUGGGUUUGCAAUGGGACAUGGAAGCUGACAUGACACACAGUUUUGGGGGUUGGGGGGGGGGGGG